GUGGUGUCGUGCAGUUGGUUUCGCGCUCGCUCCCGUUCUCUGGGGACUUUGCGUAAUUUGCCGCAAAAAUAAAUAACAUGGCAAACAGCUUCAAUAAAUUAAGUUAUUAUUAUUGAAGCGCAUUCCGAAUCCGAAUCCGAGUCGUGGCUGGCGAAUGAAAAGAUAACAAUUGAAUUAAGAAUUAAGAAUCGGAAAUGUAACCGCAGAAACGUAAACGGUCGCCGUAAAGAUUCUCGAUCGAUCGUCGUGGAGAGUCAAAUUUGCAUACGAAUAACAUUUUGAUGCUGAUUUUGAUUUGUGCAUCGCAUCCGUGUAGCGCCAGUGCGUGUGUGUGUGCGUGCAAUAAAAAUAAAUAAUAUAAUAUCUGCAAUCUCAACAUGUACUAUCCGCCCGCUGAUAGUUAUACCGGUUACCGGGUGACUCCACCCCAAAUCAACGGCACCAGCAGCAGCAACAACAACAACAGCCACCACAUCAAUAAUAACCACAACAACAACAACAUCAACAAUCUCUGCAGCAGCAGCAGCCACAGUUUAACAGCAAUCAGCAGCAGCAGCAGCGGCGGCGGCGGCAGCAGCAGAAUGGACACCGACGAUGUGGAAUCGAACACCAGCAGUGCCAUGUCCACACUGGGCUCGCUCUUCUCCUUCACAUCGCCGGCGGUGAAGAAGCUGCUGGGCUGGAAGCAGGGCGACGAGGAGGAGAAGUGGGCGGAGAAGGCCGUCGACAGUCUGGUGAAGAAGCUGAAGAAGCGCAAGGGCGCCAUCGAGGAGCUGGAGCGGGCGCUCUCCUGUCCCGGACAGCCCUCCAAGUGCGUCACCAUUCCGCGCUCGCUGGACGGACGACUGCAGGUCUCUCAUCGCAAGGGACUGCCGCAUGUGAUCUACUGCCGCGUGUGGCGCUGGCCGGAUCUGCAGUCGCACCACGAACUGAAGCCAUUGGAGCUCUGCCAGUACCCCUUCAGCGCAAAGCAGAAGGAGGUGUGCAUCAAUCCGUACCACUACAAGCGCGUGGAGAGCCCGGUGCUGCCGCCGGUGCUCGUGCCCCGCCACUCGGAGUUCGCGCCCGGCCACUCGAUGCUGCAGUUCAACCACGUGGCCGAGCCCAGCAUGCCGCACAACGUGAGCUACUCGAACAGCGGCUUCAACUCGCACAGCCUGAGCACCAGCAACACGUCGGUGGGCAGCCCCAGUUCCGUGAACUCCAACCCGAACUCGCCGUACGACAGCCUGGCGGGCACACCGCCGCCCGCCUACAGUCCCUCGGAGGACGGCAACUCCAACAACCCCAAUGACGGCGGCCAGCUGCUCGACGCCCCGAUGGGCGACGUGGCCCAGGUCAGCUACGCGGAGCCCGCCUUCUGGGCCUCGAUCGCAUACUACGAGCUCAACUGCCGCGUGGGCGAGGUGUUCCACUGCAACAACAACUCGGUGAUCGUCGACGGCUUCACGAAUCCGUCCAACAACUCGGACCGCUGCUGCCUCGGCCAGCUGAGCAACGUGAACAGGAACAGCACCAUCGAGAACACACGCCGUCAUAUAGGCAAGGGCGUCCAUCUGUACUAUGUGACCGGCGAGGUGUACGCCGAGUGCCUGUCCGACUCCGCCAUCUUCGUGCAGUCGCGCAACUGCAACUACCACCACGGAUUCCAUCCGAGCACCGUGUGCAAGAUCCCGCCGGGCUGCUCGCUGAAGAUCUUCAACAACCAGGAGUUUGCUCAGCUGCUGUCGCAGUCGGUGAACAACGGAUUCGAGGCCGUCUACGAGCUCACCAAGAUGUGCACGAUCCGGAUGUCGUUCGUGAAGGGCUGGGGGGCGGAGUACCACCGCCAGGACGUCACCUCGACGCCCUGCUGGAUCGAGAUCCACCUGCACGGGCCGCUCCAGUGGCUGGACAAGGUGCUCACGCAGAUGGGCUCGCCGCAUAAUGCAAUUAGUUCGGUAUCCUAAGCUUAAGACGAGGCGAGGCGAGCUCCUCGAGCGGAAGUGGUAAGACGUGGUAACGAAACGAAACCAGUAGCUAAAUGAGUGCGUGAGUGCGAGCGAAAGCCAAGUGCGAAAAAGACGUAGAGAUCACAGGACAACGGAGAGGCGACUCAUCUGCAGAUUUGAAUGGAUGUGCGCAAGCCCCUCCAACACCAACACCCCGCCCUUUGCCCAUAUUUUAUAGUUUAUCGUAUGAUUUUCUAUGCGAACGUCAUUCCUAACGCUAAAGCAGAGUGCAACAGAAGAAGCAACAACGAGCUGAGGAACCACCUGCGGAGUGGUGCAACUAUUUACAAUGAUCUACAUGCUAUUAUAAUAAUGAUCUAUGCCCAUUGGCAAACAGCUGUCGUUCAAGUCUAUUUCAAGUGCUAAUUAUGUGUCAUUGCAAGAAUGCUUUAAAUAUAAAACAAACACUUUUAAUUAAUCCUACCAACUCUAAAUAUAUAAGCGACAAGAAAUUUACAUAGGGAUAUGAAACAGAACUUAUUGCAAUACAUUUCUUGAAAUGAUUUUUAUAAACCGUAGUUUAUGUUUUAUUACUUCUCAUUUGCGGUUUGCCUUUGAUCAACAAAUUAAAUGUUCAGUAGUUGAUUUAAAUCUAUGGUUUAACUAAUUUUAAGUUACAAAAUACAAAAGGUAUAAAACUAAAAUCAAAAAAAUAAUCAAACCUUAAGAGUGGAAAACCUAUUGAAUCAGUUAAUUUUCCAAACAAUGAUCUUUUGUUAUGUUAAGUAAAUAAAUACAUUUAGACGAGGAGUGAGGAGUAAAAAGAAAGAAACUUUUUUUAUAUAAAUAUACAUGUAUAAUUUUUAUAACAUAAUCGUACACUAGAAUUUUCGUAGUUUUAUGUUUUCCUUUGGUUUUGUUUUGAAAUAAAGAAUGUGUGCCGAAACAUCAUUAGAAGAUAAUAAAAAUUACAACAAAUUAAAUGCUUAAUUUUAAAAUAACCCUUCGUUUUUGAUUUAUUUUUGAUUUGUUAUUUUUUUAUCAAGAGUGUGCAAGACCCACGCGUAUUUCAAUAAAAAGUAUAAUAAUAUGAAAUGUACAUUUAGCUGUAUAUUAGAUGCUUCGGCAAGAUACGGCCUUAUCUAAAAACUAAUGUAAUACAUGUGCCUGUUUGAUAUUUUACAUGGUUCUUUAACGGAAAGUAGAGCAAACAAAUUUAAAUGUGAAAAUACCCAAUAUUUAUAUGAAUACCGAACGAAAGAAACUAAAAUAUUUGCCUUAAAGUUUACCAAAUUUAUGAACAGCCACCACAAAAUGCUAUAAAUUGCCUUAAUCUCGCCUUGCAUGCCACUUAAUGUUUAACAGAAUAUUGUAAUAAAAAGUAUAUAAAUGAAAAAUAAACCAACAAAAAAUAUA